GUGAUUUCAGACACCGACUCGAGGGAACGUUAAACUUGAAAGUUGUUCACCUAACUGCUUUGAGUUUGACAUAAUUUUGGUGCGCAACUGGAAGUGACAAAAAAACAGAAAAUCAAGAAAACAAGCGGCUUGUCAGUUUUUCUCAAAGAGUCGUUCCUGCCUACUAACACAAUCGUUGUGCUUUAUCAACAAGACAGCAUUGCAACUGUUGAUGUAUUUCUGAUACACGAAAACUAAAUUGACAAAUUCAUCCCCGUGAACACGUUUAGUGUGUGGAAGAAUUAAGAAAAAAAUAUAUUUGAAAAAAAAAAAAGUUAUAAAGUAAUUUUUUUUAAAUAAACAAGCAAGACAACAGCACGCUUUUAAGCAGCAGCAUCAAAGAUUCUUUUAAUUAAAGUGCCCCUGAUAUUGGUUGAGAAUUAACUAGUCACCAUGAAGAUUGACCCCUGCCAUUACAAAGUUGAGAUUUUCCUCAUCACCUGUGUGUGCCUUGUGGCGGUGGUUCAGAGUGCAAGCGUCCGCAGACCGGUCUUGAUGACCACACAGCCGAGAUCGCUGAUCAGACCCGGCCCUGAUGACCAGUCACUCGUUAACAGUGUCCAGCUUACAGAUACAGAUCACAAAACGUUCUUGGGCCCUUUGUUAGACAUACUGAGGCACAGACGAGGAAAGCGUAGCUCUGCCCACAGAAGACCCGCCUCCUGGCACAGAAGACACGCCCACCCGCACAGACACACCUCCCGGCAUAGACACGCCCACAGCCGUCUGCUCCAGUCCCCGGCCUAUGCCCGAGCGGAACGUAUCCAGAUACCCGACCUGAUGACGCAACGAAUUACCCAGCUGUGGACUAAUGGCCGUAACAACAGGAUGUCAGUACAAACUUGGACUGGAGAUUCGGUGCGUGAUUAGGUCAACAAGAACAAGCCUUCUGCCCAUGGCGCUAGCGAACGUUUUUACUGCUGGGGCCAGCCUACAGAGUCACCGAGGAGCAUAGACAUAAUUUGUCAGAACAUCCAAGACUACAAUAUUUUCACGUCAGCCCGGUGUACCUUGGGGUGUGCCAUAGAAGUCUACUUGGAACCAAAUGAAGGACAAGGAGGAAUGCCCGCAAACUCGACCAUAAUGAAACUGAUGUUUUGCCCUUCAUUUGAACGCCCGUGUUGCACAUCAGUGCUGUGAAGUGUUUAUAGAGAACAAAGAGCAGAGGCCAUGACAGUGUCCGAUCUAGGUUGUUCUAAUUGAAGUCUAUGGGCGGUCAUGACAGUGCCCGGUCUAGGGUGUUCUAAUUCAAUUCUGUAGGCGGCCAUGACAGUACCCGAUCUAGGAUAUUCUAAUUCAAGUCUAUGCUGUGGAGUCACCUGAAGCUUCCUUGUGGAUAGUGGCGAGACUGUGUGAUCUGUCAGUCAGCUGUGCCUGUCAUGUUCCCCUGCACAAACCUAGGGAGGACAGUGUAUUAUGAGCGUGGUGAUAGGUUCACGCAACGCUAUGUGCCAUAGAUCUAUGUUGUUAUAAUUGUUUAAAAUUGUGUUCAUUUUAUGCUUUGCUCAGGUGCUAAUGGUCUUCUGUUUCCUGACUGCAGAUGCCCAAUUCUAUUUUGAGCAUUUUCCCUUCACUUGUGAAGGGACUUUGUCACCCACACGCCGCCCACCCCUACCCUUAAAGAGAAAACAAUUCCUCACUUUUAUUUUAUUCUUUGAAAAAUUGAGUAUGGGGGGGGGGCUGCCUUUGCAUGUAAUUAAUCGGGGUGUAUCUUACGAUAAGUCUGCCAUGACAAAGAUACUAAGAGCGGGAAAUGGAUAUCGUUGACUUCGCCUUUGGAUUAGUCAAUGAGCCCAGUAGCUCCAAACUCCACCCUGCGGUUCUAUGUGCGCUAUAAAAUGAAAAAUUUGGCCCAGACAAUUAAUCUUCAACAUCUCAACGAGCAGAGAUAAUAUGAUGUUGGAUGAGAUAUAAAAGGCAGUCAAGCAUGCCAACGCAUGUAUGUCGGCGAGGAACACUUUAAACUUCGGACUAGUUCCUUUCUUAGUGUCAUAUACUCAGUUGCUAAUUAGGACCUACCUCCGAUUCCC